AAACCGAUCGCGUUCAAGACUUCGAGUUUUUCGAUCUUCGAAAACCAAGACGACGGCAGUGUGACCAUUUGUUCGGCACUCGAACUCGUUUCGGUCCGUCGGCAGCGUUGACCGUGGCCCGCAGCGUGCGUCCGUCAACGAUAAUAUUAUUAUUGUACACUGUUUUCGUGGUGUGCGCGCGCGCGCUCAAGUGUGUAUAUUGUGUUUACCAUACGUCGUCAUUAUCAACGCGUAUCGCCCGAUUAUCAUUUCAUUACCAAUAAUAAUAAUAACAAUAUAAAAAGUAGUGUUAAAUAUUAAUAAUAGUGUUGUUGAUUUUGCGUACGCCAACGCUGGUUUAAUGUAACUUUGAAAAUCUCUCCGUUCUGUUUUUUUUUCUGGUUUUUCAAUCGAAAAACUAGCACGCGCGGAACUGGUUUCACGACAACAACCGCCGACUACUACGACGACGACGACGUAUAAUAAUUGUAUCGCGAGCUCGCGAAAACGAAUUCCGCGACGUACGCUGUUUGUGAAAUUUCCGUUCGUCACUGUUAUGACGGAUCGUCGUCUGACGACAUCCCGAUCCUCCCAAAUCCGUUCCGGUCGUCCGUGUUAACCCGGGAAUAGCGGUGGUCAAACAGUCAUUAAUUGCAAUAAAUCAAUGUCUUGUCACGGAUAGAUCGGAUCAAAUGGUCGUUAGCCAAUCGUUCAAUAAACACUGGAGAAAUGGAUCACGGGUAUCAAAAUACUGGCAGAACCCAUUUUGGAACAACUCCUCAACAAUUGGUUACACACUCGUUUUGCGACAGAGCUUCACCAGUGUCACCUGUCACAAACUUUGGAAGUUACUCUUCAUUUGUACAACACAUAAAAGAUGACACCAAUAUGAAUUCUUUACAACGAAAAGCACAAGUUAAAUUAAAUGCUAUGCCAUGGUUUCAUGGAAAAAUAUCAAGAGAGAUGGCUGAAGAAUUGUUAACACCAAAAGAAAAUGGCCUAUUUCUGGUUAGAGAGUCUACUAAUUAUCCAGGAGAUUAUACACUUUGUGUUUGUUAUGUUGGCAAGGUGGAACAUUAUAGAGUAAAGUAUAAAGAUAAUCAACUAACAAUUGAUGAUGAAGAAUUUUUUGAAAAUCUAUCACAAUUAGUUGAACACUAUCAAAAAGAUGCCGAUGGACUAUGUACACAAUUAACCAAGAGUUUACCAAAAAAGGGUAAACAAGAAUUUUGUAUAGAUACCAAAUCAUUUAUUGAUGCUGGAUGGGUUAUACAAGAGCAGGAAUUGCAGUUAAAUGAAACAAUCGGCAAAGGAGAAUUUGGUGAUGUAUUAUUGGGAGUAUAUAGAGGAGAAAAAGUAGCUGUGAAAAUGUUAAAAGACUCUAGUGUAGAAGCUCAAAAAUUCCUAACAGAAGCUUUACUUAUGACAUCUUUGAGGCAUGAAAAUUUGGUUGAACUUCUUGGACUUGUAUUAAAUGAAAAACAUUUAUUACUAGUUACUGAAUAUAUGGGUAAAGGAAGUCUAGUUGAAUAUUUACGCUCAAGAGGAAGACUCCAUGUCACCAAAAAGGAUCAAAUUAAUUUUGCCGUUGACACAUGCAGUGGUAUGGAGUACUUAGAGUUUAGAAAAGUAGUGCAUAGAGAUUUAGCAGCUAGGAAUGUUUUAAUAUCAGAAGCUGGAGUAGCUAAAGUAGCAGAUUUUGGAUUGGCACGUGAAGAAAAUUAUAUUGUGGAUGCUGGGAAAUUGCCUAUCAAGUGGACUGCCCCUGAAGCACUUAGACAAGGGGUGUUCUCAAAUAAAUCAGAUAUGUGGAGUUUUGGUGUUCUGUUAUGGGAAAUUUAUUCUUUUGGUCGAGUCCCUUACUCCAGAAUACCAUUAGUUGAUGUAGUUAAGCAUGUAGAAAAAGGUUAUCGUAUGGAAGCUCCCGAGUGUUGCCCUCCAGAAAUAUAUGAAAUCAUGAGACAAGCAUGGGAUUUAUUACCUGAUCGAAGACCAACAUUCAAAGAUGUUAAGACCAAACUAGCACAGUUAAAAGUUGUAACUAUUAACUAAGAAUUACAUUAACUAAUGUAAAAUAAUAUAUCUGUGCACUAACCUUGUUAAUAUCUGUAUAGUAUCAAAUUUAAAUUAUAUUUUACGAGCUAGUCUUUAUUUUAUCAACCUUCAGUAUUUUUUAUUCUUUAGUAUUUUUUUUGUUAUUAUUACUAUUAUUAUUGCAUACUAUUUAAUGUUUAUAUACAAUAAAUGCAUUUAGUAUUGGUUGAGGUAGAUUUUCAAACUUUUAACAGAGUUACAUAACUACUUCAAUUAUGAUAUUGAAUAAUGUUGGGUAUUUCAUAUUAAACAUAAAUGUUUUAUAACAUUAUGAUCACUUUAUAUUUAUUUAUUCUAUAUGGAAUCAAAAUCAUUUAAUCUAUAAAAUUUGGAAUCUUACUAUUAAAAAUAUAUAAAUUGAAUUAAUACACUUAUAAUAAAUUAAUAUGGGAUAUUUAUAUCAUAACAAUUUUGUAGGUAUUAACAUUUUAAUAUAUAUUUAUAUAUAUACAUAUAUAUGUGUGUAUACUGAUAUUCUGUUAAGUACAUUAAUUAUAAAAUAUUGCAAUUAAGUUUUUAUAACACUUUAUUUCUAUGUAUCUCAUAUCUGGUAUAUACAUGUGAUAAUUUAUUACAUCAGGAAUUAAUACUGAAUGUAUACACUAUUUUUAAAAACUUUGUUCAUUAAGUUAAUUUAUUUAUUGUGUUCUAAUUAACGUUUAAGUAUCUUAAAAUGAUUAAUCAAUUUUUGACCAAUACUAAGCAUUUUAGUAUUAAAUUAAUUUUGAUUGUAUUUCUAGCUUGAUGUUUUUCUGUGUUAGUUUUUUUCAAUUCUAUUAUUGUACAAUAUUUUAAAAUAAGAUUUUGUAAAAAAAAAAAAAACAUCAAAUUCUUAUUACAAUAAAAUGAUUAACUUUAAUACUCAAAAGAAAAAUGUAACUUAAAAGUUACAUUUUAUUUAUAUAUAAUGUAACUUAUUAUUUUUCUAGUAGACAAUUGUAAAAUUAUUAUUUAUUUGUCAUUGAACGACUUGACUGUUAUAAAUGUAUUUAUAGCAAUUGUAAUUUAUAUUAGAAAUUGGUUUCAAUUCUUAUCAAUUAAUGCUUUCUUUAAUAUUUAAUAGAUAAAUUUACAUAGUUUUUAAUUUGCUUCUUAUUUUUGAAUUUUUAACCAAGAAUAUGAUAAAAUAUAUUAUUGGUACUCUUCUCAAAACACCAAAUUUAAAAAUAAUCAUUCCAAUCGUUUACUAUUAAAUAAUAAUAUUGACUGAUUAAAAUAUUAUGUUACUAUAAAACACUAAUGUUGUUGGAAGCCUUCACCAUGUUCUUAAAUGUACACUCAUUACUGCUGGAAAAGUAUAUUUCUAUUAAAUGUUAAACAACUAUUUUAUUUUAUCAAGUCAUUUUUAAUAUUUAAUUACAAACACGAAAUUAUGAUAUCACUAAUUAAUUUAUUGUAUUAGAAUAAGAAAUAAUAAUCAAUUAUUCUAUCUAUGUGUAUUAGUUAAUUUUUUUUUUUUAUAUAAUUUAUGCAAAAUCUCUUGCAUGAGAUUUUUUUAAGAUAAAUUGCCUUUAUUGACUACAUACUUGGAAUUGGACGUAUGGUAACUUUUAAUAAUUGAUUUAUUUUAGGUGAAUGUUUUAUAUACAAAACUAUGUAAAUAUUACUGUAUUUUACUGGUGUAUUUGUUUGUUUGUUUGUUUUUUUCUUGGGUUACCAAAAAAUUUGGUUUAUAUACUCAUAUGUUAAUAAGUUUUUAAUGAUAAUUUUUAUCUAAACAAAACAUUUUUUUUUUGCUAUACUAUAAUAUAUUUUUUUUAAUCUCAAAUAAAUUGGUAUUCUCUCAAUCAAUAAA